AUGCAGGGACGAAUGGACCGAAGGGAGCGGAUGGAGUCUUUCCAUCACGUUCAUGCCCGCCCCGGCAUCUUUAUGCCUAAGCACAUGCCCAUGCCCAUGCCACCGGGCACCCCAAGGCGCGAAAGACACACCAGGGACCAAGAAACGCCAGAAGAAGAAGACUCUUCGCCCUUUCCUGACGUUGAUUGGCCACCCGAAGACGAUCUAUCUUCUGCUCCGUCGCCUCGUGAGAGACACCAGGACUCAGACGACUUCCCCGAGCAUACAAGACCUUAUCCUCGCCGUACAAGGGCCCCAAGCGUUGAGGAGACAUCGACCACUGCGCGCUCUUCGUCAUCUUUUAUCGACAUAGGCCGCCCUAUACGGCCCCGAGUAUCACAUACCCGUGCUGGCAUGCAACUUCGUGACGACACUCUUCCUCCAGAAGCAAGACUCCGCCGGCCAUCCGUUCUCUACGACGAAGACGCAGAAGAGAUCUUUCUACCCCGUUCUACCAUGGACAACAGAUCGCGGCCGGUGAGCCGUGCCUAUGAUUCUCGCUCACGGUCCAGAAGUCGCUACGACGCACCGCGCAAUAGAAGCCCGUCAACAAAUCGUCAGCGCUCUAUGCCAGACUCAAGAUGGUCUCCAAGGUCGUCAUCUGAUAGAGAAACUCAGCUCACCGACCACUCUGGUGAUGAAAAGCUCGUUCGCUAUGGCAUCCCUCAUGCGCCGCCUGCUCCGCCCUCAGUUCACGAGCGUCCGAGCCGUAGGCUACCUGCCCCCGAGGUAGGAGAACCAAGGCCCUCAGGAUAUGCGCCCUCAGGCCGCCCCCGUUCACCGUCCCGCGUUCGUGCGCAAUCGAGACCUCGCGCACAAUCGAGACCUCGUGAACAGUCUAGACCUUCUUCACCUUCUCGCCGCCGUUCACCCUCAAGGCAUGGCUCGCCAUCUCGGGAUCAGUCUCGGUCCAGGCCGUCUUCUCCACCACGGGGUGCUUCACGGGCUCCUUCACGGGCUCCUUCCAUGAGGCGGGCACUUGUUAGAACCUCAGGAGCCCCUGAGCACCAAGCUUUGGAUGAUGAGGAAUCCGAUGCUGAAUAUGUCUAUGAACAAGACAUUUCGGAUGACCUACGGUCCCGUCCCAGGCCUCAGAGGCCGUCAAGGCAAGACUAUGAGUCCGACGGGUUCUUCCCCGGCCCUUCAUCUUCUAGGAAUCAAUAUUACCCCGGUGAAGCAUAUCCCAAUCCGGGACUUAGGCGCGCUAAUACUUAUGAUGACGUUCCGAGAGGCCCGUCGAAAGCAUACGCUCGAGAGAGCUUUAGCAAAGUCGAUUCCUGCAAAUCAUGCGACGGUCAAUACGGGCAAAUAGCUCACAAGCUGCCGGGCUGCGAGCAUCGUUGGUGCAGCACGUGCCUCAAACGAAGCUUCUUGUUCUCCAUUGAGGACCCUGCAAGGAAGGCUCCAGUAUGUUGCAAGCAUUAUAUCCCGCCUCAGCUCGUGGCCGAUCUCUUUGAUCCCGCCUUCAAGGAGGAAUGGGACAGCAAGUUUGUCCAUUCAUCAAUCUUCGUGGGUGCGCGUCCCCGUAGCUUGGUUUGUCCAAGCCCAAAGUGCGGUGCACCUAUCGAAGACCAGGAUAUACUCCGUGACGAAGAUGGAAGGAAAUUUGGUGAAUGCCACUACUGCGGUACAGAGGUUUGCGUUGGCUGCAGUGGGCGGUGGCACAAAGCACUUCAAUGCCCACCGGAUGCCAUGCCUCAUUGCGGUCGAUGCAGGAAAAAGCUCCUGCCUGGAGAACCCGGUUGCAACUAUACCACUUGUCAAUGUAAUACACCUUGCUGCACUGUCUGCGGCCUACGGUGGAAGACAUGCGACUGCCCUUUCUUCAAUAUCGAAGAAAGCGAACCGCUCGAUACACUGUUAACAGCCGACCCUCGAUCGAAUCCGUUUACCCAUGGGAUGCAGCUGGAGUCUGACCCACCUUCUCCGCGGACGUACCGUUCAAAUGGUGGGCAUCCACGACCAGUGGUUGCGGUCCACAGUCGACCCCAAAGCUACGAGGAAAGACUGGUGACGGAUCGUCUGCGUGAAAAACGUAGCGAUGAUCCCCUCAGCCGUAGGUUCCAUGUUCCCGGGGCGUUUGAAGAGUUUGACGAGCGAGAAGUGGACGACGACUAUCGCAGAGGAAGGGAUGACAGAGAUCGUCCUCUGAAGUCCGUUAACCAUGUCCGCCGACCUGAAACGGCCGUGCCGCCGCCUCUAGUGCACCGACAUACGAUGCCGCCGCCUGCCCACUCGGCGUUUGAAAGACCAACACCUAACGACUGGAUGGGCGCUAUAAUUCCACAUCCCUCUGACAGACGACGCUCCCCUUCACCGGAAAGGUUGCGGCCCCGGAUGUCUCGCCAUGCAUCGCUCGAAAAGGAGAGGCUCCGGGCCCCGUCACUUCCUAGACACGCAUACCCAUCCGAUAGGUGGGCAGAUGUAUCUCCCGAGUUUGGACGUCAGUCUCGACCCCGAUCAUUGGAGAGGCAGCGAACUUCAUCACGACACCGAGAUGCUUCUCCCGACAUGCGCCACGCCCCUUCAUUUGAGAGAGAUCCGGACCGCUCGGCCAGUAAGCGUAGAACGAUCACACCCUCGCUCGAAAAGCGGAAGCUCGCAAGCAGAUUUGAUGCAGACACCAGACAAGGCCCCGGCUACUCUACCAUGGCGGCUCCGCCUAUGAUGGCUGCAACACCCCCUUCCCACGCUGCUACUGCCCCUAUCAUGUCUCGCUUGCCCGUCAGCGCGGCUCCACCACCACCACCCCCUGGGUUGAAGAGACACCUGACAGAAGCAGAUGACUUCUAUACAACAAGUAGGAGCACUAGAUCGUCGGACCGCGACAGGAUGCCAAUGCCUGCAAGACACCACUCCUACCACGAAUCAGCACAGCAACCUCGGUAUCCCGCGUAUUACGAAGGCGGAAUUCCGGCACGUACUCCCAGCGGGAGACGCCGAUCCGGCCAGGCGACGAAAGAACACGUCAAAGACGACCUUCCGCCGUCGGUCCUUGCUGGGCUAGGGGGUCCCAGCAAAGGUAUGGAAAGAGUGCAGGAAUGGAACAAGGAUGCCGGAGAGCGGAUUAGGCACGUCAGGGCUCCUUACUCAGGACGGGAUCGCGAAUCCCGCGACAGGGCUUGGGAGUAG